CAAAGUCGAGGUAACUGGUCGUGUAUCAAUAAAACUUCUAGAACAAUCCAUGCACGAAUAGGUGAAUUAAAAAGGGAGAAUAAAGAAAGUCCGCAGUUUACCGUUCUUUUUCGGCGGUUUCCACGCAGAACAAUGUCCAUGUUUCCGGUGCAGAAUGGCUCACAUACAGAUAAUCAGCAAAAUAUCACACACGACGACAAUCACAAAUUACUGACGAUGGUUUACCGAACAGACCGCAAUUAAACGAAAUAAUGUUAUAACAAAAGUUGCAAAACGUGCAAGUUUGUGCUACAUGUAUCUCGCGAGCAUGCAGUGUAAACAAGUUGAUAGCACGCGGCCAUCUUAUAUUACGCACAACAAACACAAUAUCAACGCAUAAAAUAAGACUGAUUGCAAAUAAAAUAGACUCAAAUAACUUUAAAUAUACAUGCAGCGACAUCUAGCAUGACCUUCACAAGUGCUUCCGUUAAUUCCGAUGAUACACGAUGUUAGCCGAUGUUUAUUUCCAUUACCACGUGAAGUUUUGAGGUUGUUUAAAAACUGUUCAAAAUGGUUAAGAGAAAACAGAAAAAUCUAUGGAAACCUGUGGAAAUCGAGGGAUCACUGCUGGAUAAUGGAUUAGAUCUUGAUGGCCUGAUAGGUAUCGAGGAGUGCCACGAUUACGACUUGCAAGACUUUCUUCCAACUGAGUCUAAUGAACAAAGCCAACCAAAAAAAGGGCAGGCAACCCAGAAGAAAACCAAAAUAAAGAAAAAUAAAGCUAUCAAUGUUCAGGAUGGUGACAGUACACCAUCUAAAUGUGGUGCUACAAGCAUAGCCGGUGAUUUCCAGGUUGAACAGGUGCCACAAGAAAAUUUAGCUAAUGAUGAGACUGUUGAUUUUAAAGCUUGGCAAAUUGUGCCACUGCAUGAAAAGCUUUUGAAAGGUUUGAUUGAUUUAAAAUUUCAAUAUCCAACCGAAAUUCAACAGCUGACACUUCCAGCUGCAAUAUUAGGUAAAAGAGAUAUUCUUGGUGCAGCAGAAACUGGCAGUGGCAAAACACUUGCUUUUGGGUUGCCUAUACUAGAAGGCAUAUUAAAACAUGAACAAUCUAAUGAAAAAUUACUACAUGCAUUAAUCCUGGCUCCAACAAGAGAAUUAGCAAUACAAAUCAGAAACCAUUUGGUUGCAGUUGCCAAACACACUCAAAUUAAAAUAGCUGUUAUUGUAGGCGGCUUAGCGUCCGCAAAACAAGAGCGCGUUUUAAAAUCUUCACCUGAAAUAGUUGUUGCUACUCCUGGCAGAUUGUGGGAGUUGAUUCAACAGGGCAAUGAACAUCUCUCCCAGCUUGAAGAAAUCAAAUACCUAGCUAUAGAUGAAACUGACAGAAUGUUAGAAAGAGGACAUUUUAAUGAACUAGAAUUGAUUUUAGAAAAAAUCAACAUGAAUGAACGCAAUCGCCAACGACGACAAAAUUUCGUGUUUUCUGCAACACUCACAAUGAUUCACGAAUUACCGGCGCAUGUAUUAAUGAAGAAAAAACUCAAGGCAAAGAGACGCAUUGAUAAUUUAACCCCGAUGGAUAAAUUAAAAAAAGUUGUUGAUUCUUUAGGAAUCACAAAUCCUAAGGUUGUGGAUAUCACACAACAGAGCAAAGGAAAAGCACAGAAUUUGACCGAAUGCCGUAUUACUUGCGAUAUUGACGAGAAAGAUUAUUAUGUGUACUAUUUUUUGCAAAGGCAUCCUGGCAGGACGUUAAUAUUUUGUAAUUCAAUAGGAUGCGUGAAACGACUGACCACUCUAUUAGGUUUACUGGGCUGUGAGCCAAUGGCGUUGCAUGCAUCGAUGCAGCAACGCCAACGAUUAAAAAAUCUAGACAGAUUUCGUGAUAGGGAAGAUAGCGUCUUGAUUGCGACAGAUGUAGCGGCGAGAGGGUUGGAUAUCCCUGCUGUCCAGCAUGUGCUACAUUAUCAAACCCCUCGCACAGCUGAGGGAUACGUGCAUCGUUCUGGUAGAACAGCGCGUGCUUCGUCCGAAGGCAUCGCAGUUCUUCUGGUUGAAACAGGAGAACUUCAAAAUUAUUUACGAUUAUGUCGGACCCUAGGAAAAACGGAAGAUUUACCCUCAUUUCCCGUACAAGAGCAUUACCUAAAUGCGGUCAAACAACGUGUGAAUCUCGCCCGGCAAGUGGACAAACUCGACCUGCAGGUGCGCAAGGCAAACGCCGAGAGUGGAUGGUACGAAAAAGCAGCUGAGGAAAUGGAUAUUAUUAUCGAUAAUCCCUCCUUGAAGUACGACUUAGACGAGGCGCAUGGAUUAAAGAAGUCAGCGCAAGUCAGGCGCAAGCAAUUGACCGCCAUGUUGGCGAAACCUAUCUUUCCAACUGGACUUAUAAGCGGAAAAUAUCCGCUUAGUU